GGUUCAUUCGUGUACGAUGCACUCACGGCAAACAGCGAACGUAAUCCGGAACGCGCACAUCACUAUAUACCAAACGUUGAGUUAAACGGACGUGUUACCCUUGUGCUGUGCAUCCAAACACAACAGUUCCUAAUUGUAUUCUGCGAGAGAGAAAAAUAAAAUCUUUGUAACAGUUGCAAGUGCGAAGUGGUGUGUUUUUUUUCUACACGCACGGAUAUAUUCUGGUAAAAAUUCUGCGAAAUUUCAUCGUAUAACGGCACUGUUACAAUACAGUAACGGAUAACGUAGCAAAAGGCCCUUGGUCGAUCGGAGAUUAAAGAAAAGAAACAAAAAAAGGACGCAUACACCAGUGGGCUGGUGCUGCUGCCUAUAGUGCACUUGAGUGAGUGUGUGUGCGUGAGUGAACACAUCGGCUGGCAUUAGGGAGCAGCUACACACUCCGCAAAAGCGUUGAGGAACCGUUUCCACCAAACCCCAAAAAAAAACCGGUGCAAUAAAAAUCCGUUUCUGUGAUUAUAACGGACGAACAGCGGAAGAAAGCGAACAACCGAAACAACCCAAAAUGGUAGCCAGCGAGGCCGAGGACGACGUCCAAAAGAAUUCUCCACCGGCGGCGGAGAAUAAUGAAGAUAGUGCACCCACGAAACGAUUCUACCGGAUGGAGGUAUGGGCAGUGAUGAAACCACUCUUUCCGCAAGGAUCAGCCCAAAGCCGUUACGUAAACAAAAAAAUACCUCUCUUCCCGCAAGCGGAACAAACGGCUGAACGGCUUGCCGAAACGACCGAGUUUCAAGAUGCGAAAAAUAUUAAGGUGAACAUCGAUAUGGCUCAGGAGUCGGUCAAGCUGCAGGUGCUGAAGGCGAACAAAACGCUGUUCGUCGCACCGUCGCAAAAGUCCGACUACCUGUACGCUAAGAUUAAGCUGCCGUGCAGCUUAGAGGAGGUUCCGUUGGUACAACAGAGACGUAUCGUCAAGAUGUUGGCCGGCAACGACACAUACGAGGAGCUAGGCAUCGAUCAGACCGAACCACUGGACAUGGUUGUGGUCGGUUGCGUCGCUGUAUCGGAGCGUGGCCAACGCAUCGGUAAGGGCAACGGCUACGUUGACCUAGAGAUUGGCAUUCUCCAAAGCCUGGGUGUGAUUACACCGAAAACAGUAAUCGCUACCACGGUUGCAGACGAGCAGGUAUACAAAGAGUUGCCGACGGAGCUGUUCCAGAACUAUGACUUCACCGUUGAUCUGAUCGUGACGCCGACACGUGUGAUUCGCGUCGAUCCACGGCCGAAUCCGCGCGCGAUCGAUGUGCAGUGGGGUUUGCUUUCGUCCCGCCGGCUCGACGUGGUGCGGGUGCUGAAGAAGCUGAAGGAGCGGUUAGAAAAGGAGGGUCAGCACAUCGAGCUGAAGGAUGAGGACACGGAUGUGGAAAGCUUCGCCAAGCGGCGUACGCGCGGUAACGACGGUGGUGGUGGUGGCGGUCAACAGGACCGACGCCGGCAGCAGAACCGGCGCCGCCGUUCGACGCGCAACAGCAACGCCGACGGUCACAAUGAGACGAAGAGCGGCAACGAGCGACACGACAAUGGUGAGGAAAACGAGAGCGGCGAAGUCGGUGACAGAAUGCGCCGGAAACGGCGCUUCUUCCGUAAACCGCGCGAUCCGAAUCGAUUCCGCACCUACGCGAGCCCGGAUUCAGCGGAUCGCGUUUACGACCAGCAUCACCGGCAGGAACAUCCACAGCGGCAACGUAAGCGCAAGGGCGGCCGAAUACGCCCAACCAAGCCGCGCGAUAAUGAGGACGAGGAUCUGAGCGAUGAGUCAAGAAUGAAGAUGCGGCAGAGGACGAAUCAAGGAUCGCAACAGGGCGGUACGCGCCCAGCCCGACAGGAGCCCCGGCAGCCGCCCCGGCAUCUGCGGGAUGGCGUCCGCAUACGGGUUUCGAACAUGUAUUCCGUACCGUUCAAGGAGUUCAAGGAGGAGCUGCGCAACCGGGAUUGCUAUCCGGCAAAAAUUAGCCAGAGCCGUCACGGUCGCUGUCUGCUAAUCUACCCGAAGCGCACCGACUUGCAGGAUCAGGUGCAGGAGGAUGAGCUGCUGCAGAAGCUGGCCGACAUGCGCAUUUCCGUGCCACUAAAGAACAGUACCGAGCUGAAGCAGAUCAAGCUGAAAUGCGAGGUGCAGAGGCUAAACGAGUUCGAUGACACGGAUGCAACAGCAAUCACGUCCGCGGUAAACAGUGCCGCCAAGCGGGCGGCCGAUGCCUGUACAAAGCUGGCCAAGGCCGCAGAAAAUCCGAAAUCGCGCGUUAACGUGGAUAAGCUUGUCACGGUGUUGAAGGCGGAAGUGCGGCUCGCAGCAAGGGCGGGCCUCGUAGCCGGUGAGCUGGCGCAAAAGGUACUGAAUGAGGCGAAAGCUGACAUCGAGGCGGAGACCGGCAAGCAGGAUAGCGUGCUGCAGGCACAAGUCGAGGCAGUAACCCUGGCCAGUAACAGUGCGUUUUCUGCUUCAGCGCUAGCUGAGGUGGCUUACCAGGCUAUCAAACAGAAGUCGGAACCAGCCGACACGGUGAAGGUGGAAGGGGACGAUGCGUCGAAGGUGGAAGGGAACGUCGCGGUGAAAGUGGAACCGAACGACACGCCGAAGGUGGAAGCGAACGUCGCGGUGAAAGUGGAAGCGAACGACGCGGUGAAGGUGGAAGCAAACGACUCCGUGAAGGUGGAAGCGAACGACGCGACAAAGGCGGAAGAAACAGCCGGCACCGUAACGGUACCAGCACCAUUGAUGGAAGCGGCCACCGAAGCAAGCAAGGCGGUGCUGAUGGCGGCCCGUGCUUCGGCAGCUGUAUCGCUGGCGGUGGCCAAACUGUACGAGCUCGUACCACCGAAACAACCAAUGUUCGUCGUGGCUUCGGUGCAAACGUUGACCCGUUUGUUCCCAUCCCUGCUUCCAGAGGACAGCACUGCAACCAACUAAGUUAAAACUCGACCCCGAAACAGCAAAACGAGAACAAAACGUGCACAACCCUACCAUCCAUUUCUUUUCACUCACUGCUGAGUGCCCACCAGCGCUAAUUGUCCAGAUUCUUUCUGGUCCUAAUCCUUUGAGUUGCCCCCUUUUCUUUUUGCUAUGGUUCGGUUGGUAGAUUUUUCAAUUUUUUGUUUUUGUUUUUUCAAACACAAUUUUUACUUUGCUUGAUGCAAAAUUUACAUCAUAACAAAAUUUGGUUUGUGUUUUCUGCUUAUUUUCUCCAUACACACACACACACUCGCUCCACGCACACGUAAUUGUGCGAAACAAAAUGAAAGCAGCUUCUGUUGUAAUGCUGGUUCGGUGAAAUAUGGCAUCCGAGCCAAAAAGUGAUUGGAACUGUUUCAGAAAUUUUUCUCCAUCGAACAUAACGAACAUGUUCUCCCACACUAUAUGUACACCCAGUACAUAUCCUUACCUUCCCCGACCCACACAAUGUGUGGGUGUGUUUACACCAUUACAAAUUGAAGUGUGUUGAAUUUUUUCUUCAAUUUACUCAUUAAAACCUUUUGGUUUAAUAUUAUGGUAAUCCAUUCUUUUCGUCUAUAAAAAAAACACAAAAUAUUAGUUUAUCCUAUCGUAUAUCACAACCGCGCACCCGGGCGUGUGCGGUGUUGUGAUCGAACAAGAAAAGGCCUAUUUUCGCUUUGCGCGAUAGAAGUGUUGGCAAACGAUUUUCCUUUUCGAGGUUUUUUUUUGUAUUUGCAAUAUUUAAAAACGGAAUGAAAACAGAGAUUUGUUGUGUUAUUUUUUUAAAUUAGAAACUGAAAAGAUAACAUGAAUAGGAAACAAUAAUAAUGCGCGCUUGAGAAACGUAUAUAAGGCAAAACACAGCAGAGGAAUUGUUAAGAAACCUCUGUAGGUAACACUCAGAUACACACACACGGAAACAUUUGUCAUAUUUAUGCGAAACGAAAUGCAAUGAUUUGAACCUGGUUUAUUAACAGAAAACACACAUAGAAACUUACGAAAAACAAAACGUAUGCACGGACGGUGCAUUGUUCGGACAUGCUUAUAUCCAAGCAGGCACGGACAUGCAUAUAUAUAAAUAUGAAUAGAUAUAUGUAUCUAAAAUGUACAAUUCGAAAAUGAGGACGAAGUGUAAGAAUGAUGAAAAUGUAGAUGCAGAAUCAUUUGGCAGGUUCUCUGGUGUACUCUGGAUUUACUCACUCCCACAGACACGCGCGCGCCUACGGGAGAAAAAAAAGGCUUUUCGAAAUGAUGGGGGGAUUGUUUUUCGAGGUGUCAGCGAACAGUAGUAGUAGUAGUAGCAGCAGCAGUAGGUGCACCACAAUAUAAGAUCCCCCUCCACUGGGGUGGUGGAAACUCCACUAAUAAUAUUAACUAUAAUAAUGAUAAUACACCCGAUGAAUAACAAACAAAAAAAAAACAGAACAGAGGAGAAGCAAAACAUAAAGAAAGAUACAACCAAGUGUGAAACUAACCACCAUUUUGUUGCGCGCCCGUGUUUCCACGAUAAAAAUAUCCUCAUCGUGCAACCUCCGCCCCAGUGUAUAAUGAAAAUGGAAUAAAUUUGAAGUCUAAUACUUUUUUU